UUGUAUAGCGCUUUUUUACAAUGGACAUUGUCUCAAAGCAGCUUUACAGAAAUAUAUAAACACAGGACACAGAAUUUAAGUGUGUGAAUUUAUCCCAGUUGAGCAAGUCGGUGGUGAGGGAAAAACUCCCUAAGAUGACAUGAGGAAGAAACCCUGAGAGGAACCAGACUCAGAAGGGAACCCAUCUUCAUCUGGGUAACAACGGAUAGUGUGAAAGUAAAAAAAAGUUCAUUAUGGUUUUUAUAUGGCUAGCAUAUGCUAGCCAAAUUAACACGCAUGCGCACUAGGUACCUGGGGGUGUGUGGGAGGGGUAAGUGGGCGUAUCUGUCACCCCCAAAAGGGGGCGGGGCGUCGGUGGGUGUGUGUGACACAGCUGACGCGCUCGAGCCUAUACCUCCAUCACCUCAUCAUCCUCCAGCUCCGGUGUGUGUGUGUGUGUGUGUGUGUGAGAGAGAGAGAGAGCGAGAGAGAGAGAGAGCGCGCGUGCGUGCGUGCGUGAGUGCGUACACACCGAGCUUUUUUCUUCUCCGUUUUUUCCCCCCGCCCCCUACCCUUUACCGUUUCCCCAGGAAUCUGCGGAACCUAACCUAGCGGCGGCGGGAGAGUCGCGCGCUCACGGACGUCGGUACGAGGGAAAGAGGAAGAAGAGGAGUCGCGCGACCAUGUGCGUACCUGCGGCCAAGCCCGGCCGCCUUGCCUGCCCCGGCUCAUUGGCGCGGUGGCCGGCUGAGUGAGGGGCUCUGAGCUCCUGGUAUGGGCAGCGUGGGCAGUGGAGCCUCCAGCCAGCGGGCCAUCACCAUGAGAAGUGUGGGCACGCGGACCACCCCGAACGGGCCCCUGGCGCCCGCGCUGCCCCCAAACUCUGUCCGCCGACGUCUGGAUGACCGCAGCUUCAGCGCUGACCGCCUGCCAGCACCGGCCACCAAGACAGCAGGCGUCACUGCCAACGAGCACUCCGAGCGCGCCGCCGCUUCUCACAAUGCGAAUCGGCAGCACACCGUCAACGGUGAGCGGCUGCUCUCGAACGCUCCUUUCUCCAAUGGGCCCAUGAGGAGGGAACCAGGCCACAGGCGAGGCGAGAGCCUGGAUCUGUGUGGAAACAGCAUAGUCCUCAACAUCAACAACAAUGAAAACAAGAACAGCAGCCAUCAAGCACCAGCGCAGCAGCAGCACAAGGACAAGAGUAAAGCCAAGACGGACAACCACAACCCUCCCAACAUCCUGCCCAUCUCUGGCAAGCUGGAGCAAGCACAGGUACAGCACGGCCUGAGCACCGAGGGGAAGGACCCUGACGCACUGGUCCGUCCCUCCGCCUUCAAGCCUGUGGUGCCCAAGAGCUUUCAUUCCAUGCAAAACCUGGUGUGCCCCCUUCAGGCCAGCGUGGGAGCAGGUGGGGGCACGUCAAGCAGCGGUGCUGGUGAGAGAGGUGGGCAGGGUGCCUCGGGAAUCCGUCCGGAUGAGGAAACCCCUAACAGCCGAGGAACACACUCUGGCGGAGGUAUUCGUACUGGCCAGGGCAGCCUGUCUGAUUCUGGCAGGAAUUCGCUGACCAGUCUACCCACGUAUGCAGGUACGGGUUCAGGCUAUGGCCCUCCGCCGGCCCUUGGGCCCCUCAGUGCCUCCACCAGCCACAUCAACCGCCUGGGUACUGCAACAACCGGCCUGGACAAGCCAGAUAAACCAGGCUACCAGAACGGCCUGAGUGCCUCUGACAGCGGCCACUCGUCUUCAGGCAAGAGCUCGUCAUCUUAUCAGCGCCUCAGCCACUUGAGUGACGCGCCGGCGCCCUUGCGGCCAUCGCCGUCCUCCGACGACGUCAUUCGUGACCUAGAGGACCGCUUAUGGGAAAGAGAGCAAGAGGUGAGGAUGGAGGUACUCCACAUGAGACGGAACCUGGAUCAGAGCGAGGCGGCAAUCGUGCAGGUGUUCGAGGAGAAGCAGCGGGUGUGGGAGCGCGAAAUGGAGGAACUGAGGCAGAACUACGCCGGGCGGCUGCAGCAGGUGACCCGUCGCGCCCAGCGUUCACAGCAGGCCCUGCAGGCCCAGAUCAGCCGCCUGCAGCAGGACAAGCGCAGGCUCCAGGACGAGAUGACGCUGCUCCUGGCCCAGCGUGAGGAGCUGGAGAAGAAGUGCCUGGACUACAGGAAGGAGCAGGCCGACCUCCUGCCAAAGCUGGAGGAGACCAAGUGGGAGGUAUGUCAGAAGGCAGGUGAGAUCUCCUUGCUGAAACAACAGCUGAGGGAGAGCCAGGGCGAGGUGACCCAGCGUGCUGGAGAGAUGGUGGCCCUGAGGAAUCAGCUGAAGGAGCUGAAUGCCCAGCUGAGGGAACGAGAGCAGGCCGAGAUCAGCCUGAAGGAGUCCUUCUGCACCAAGACGCUGGAGCUGGAGCGCUGCGAGGCAGAACUGCAGGCCAUGCUGGCCGAGGUGACCGUCCUGAGAGACAAGCUGAGUGCGUUUGAGACGGAGGUGGCGGGGCUGAAGAAAGCCCUGAGUGAGCUUAGCAACACCGCUAGCACUCGCACCACCGAGUCCAGCUUGGCCGAUAUGGGUCAGCUGGUGCUGUCUCGUAGCCGGGAACGCCUCCUCUCACCACUGAGCCCGCCAGAGACGCCCACCUCGUUGCCCGCUCUUUCAUCUCUGCCCACUGUUCCCUCGCUCCCCCCUUUGCCUGCUCUGCCCGCCCCGGACCCGCUGCUCAGCCUGCAGAGCGAUGAUUCCAAGGUGCAGCGGCAGGAAGCGGGCGACCUGCGGCGCCAGUUGGAGCUACUUCAGGGGGAGCUGCGUCUGGAGCGCCAGCAGCGCGAGCGCCAGGCACUCACCUUCGCCCAUGAGCGUCAAACCUGGCAGGGAGAAAAAGAGCGUGUGCUCAAGUACCAGGCACAGCUGCAGCUCAGCUAUGUAGAAAUGCUGCAGAAGAACCAGGCACUGGAGGAGCGCGUCGACCAGCUCGGAGCCCAGCUGGCCACUCCGAUCCUGGUAUCGCCGGCAACACCAACUUCACCGCCUCCAUCCGCUAGUCUCGAGGUGCCCACGACAGCACCCGUGGCCGUGUCGAUCACCUCCCCGACUCCCCCGGUUGAAGAGAAAAAGGUGCCCGCCCUGCACCAGCUGGCGCCCCCAUGGCCCGUUCCCACUCGUCUGGAGAGGAUCGAGUCGACAGAGAUAUGAUGCCAGUAAAUGUGACCUCUUUGAUGCAGUAUAAAAAAAAAAAAAGAGAAACACUUAGAGCACCAGUUACAAUAGCGUUAAGUACAAACCCUCCUGAAACAAAAACGUCAUGUCUAUAACUUCUGAGGACAGUCCAAGGAUGCCCUGCUGAGUGAGGCAGACGUCAGGGUUGAGGGGUGCAAGUUGCUAAGUAAUAUGUUUGUGUGGCCUUAUGACUGACCUAGGAAAAGCUCUGGAUCCUAAAAGGUGUUCGUUUGGGUGGUGGGGUGUGUAGGAAGAGCUGGCCCUGAGUCUGUAGCCGAGUGGAACGCGAAUAGAUGGAACACUCAGGGGAUAAGGGAUCAGGCAUUAAUAAUCCAGAUUUAAGGCUAGACUGUUGUAAGCUAGCUCUCAAUGCACGGUUCAUGAUAACAAAUACAUCACGAUAUAAAUCUCUCUCAAGUUAAACUUUAAAAACACAACUGAUAUUAUUUAAAGGUGCAGUGUUUUUUUUUUUUUUUAAAAAAAAGCAGAAACAUAUAAUUUCAAAGAAAAAACAAACAAACUGUGAUUUGGAAUAUUGCCAUGCAGUGGAUGUGGCUAGUUUCUUCAUUUAGGUUUGUUUACAUUUUUCCGGCCUGGAAAUAAGUUUAACACCCCCUCCCCCCACCACUUCACGCUGGAACAGAGCCGCUUAACUCCGCCCCUUUCCCUUAUAAGGCGACACAAAGUUUUCUAAUAUUUUCACUGCAAGCGCAUUUCACAUCACAGGCAGCAACCACGGGCCUGAACAAAUUACAGACUGCUCCUUUAAAUAAUAUCUCUCCAAACCUUACAGCAAACAAGAUAAUAAAUAUAUAGAAUAGCAUCCAUAUUAGCCGAAGAGACUCUUUUGUUUUUAAAUCUACGAAGCUACAGGGAGAGACGUGUGAUUCUCUUCCUAUCUAUGGUGCUUGUCCAUACCACACCAGUGUGUGUGUGUGUGUGUGUGUGUGUGUGUGUGUGUGUGUGUGUGUGUGUUUUGUUUUUUUUUCCAAAAUGAAGGACCAAAUAUUUAGGAGGCGUUGCUGGUCUCGAGUCCCCUCAUAGUGGACGUAGUCGCGGUGGUGAUUACCAGUGGACUCCAUGACCUGGUGUGUUGUAUAGGAGCGUGCCUCAACCCUCCUGCUCUGAUAGCGAAAGCAGCGGCGGAGGACCGACACGUGGUCAAUUGGACUCGAAACCGUAUUAACAGAACAUUUCUGCUUUUCACCUUUGUAUUCCAUGUUUCCGAAACAAUGUAGAAUAUAUUAGAGAGCGAGCGAGAGGUAUUGGAAAAAGAAAACAAACAAACAAACAAAAAAAAACAACAAAUAGUUUAAUGCACUUUGCUUUGGUCUCAGACAAUGUUUCUUUUUAAGAGAGGUGUGUGUUUGAUGAACAGCAUCUGCUGAGUGAGGUUUGGUUUAUGAAGCUGCUAGUUAGCGGAGGAGUCAGCGGCUGAGCCAAAAAAAAAAAAAAAAAAAAAAAAAAUAAUGAAAUAUAAAGUGCUAAGAGGAAAAUUAGAUUAGCGCGUGGUCGGAGCACGGCGUACUUCUGAAGCACGGUCCGUCCACCGCUAAUGAACUAUUGAGUCUGUUUAAGUGGGA